AUGAGCGCUCAGGCGAGUUCCUCUUCGACUCCCGAGGCCCCUGCUCCAGUGGCCCCUGCAGGGACCACUUUACCUGCGUCCAAUGGAAUAGCUGUUCCGGUAUCCUCUCAGGGGACUCAGCACGCAAACGGAACACUACAGACGAGACCUGUCACGAAUGGGAUUGAUAGAUUUUCCUUCGUAAGAAAACUCCUACGGAGGCAGAAUCGCGUGCACAACACGUACGAAGCGCAGACAGAGUUUUUGCAGAAGUUCGGACAUGGAAACGCUAGCAGCGAACCAGCACCUACACAGCCGGAACCAUCGGCUGCCGAGGAGUCGACUGCUGGAAACUUGCUGAAGACAUGGACUAUUGAUGCUUCACAAGAUCGCUACUACUAUUGGACUAUCGUCGUUUCGAUGGCUUUUGUCUACAAUCUCCUAUUCGUGAUAGCUCGGCAAGUGUUCGUGGACCUAAUCGGACCCACUGGUGUUCCCGUUUGCAUGCAAUCAACAACAUUUUACGCGAAUACGACAAAGGAAUGCAGCGAUGAUCAGUUAAUGAAUAUGGUGGUGAUGCCGUCGAUUGAACCAUAUUCUGACCUCGGUUGGUCACAUUGGUGGUGGACUCGUCUCCUUUGGGCAGUGCUUGACCUCAUUAUGGACUCCAUCUAUUGGCUCGAUAUGUUUGUACGGACGCGAACGGGAUUCCUCGAGCAAGGUCUCGUUGUGAAGGACAUCGACAAAAUCAGGAAAAAGUACUUUGAGAGUAAACAAUUUAAGUACGAUGUGAUUAGUGUUAUCCCCGCCGACUAUAUCUUAGUAGGUCAUCAUCUGGAUCGUAGACCUCAACGAUUCCAAAGUGCAGCGAACGGGUUACCGCAUCCAAAGCGGAUUGAUCACCUUGAUCACCUUGAUCACCUUGACUCCCGUUGA